UCCAAAUAAAAAUAAACAAGUUUGUCCAAAUAAAAAGAAAAAGACCUAGGUAGUAGGCAGGCAGCCACCGGCGUCCUUCACCUCCGUCUUGGGCGCCACCGUUGUUUCAAAUUCCAAGCUUUCAUGCAUUGCUACUUCUGACUGAGAAACCCUCGGAAAAGCAUUUUGAGUGGAUAUGGAGGCGGUGGUAGUUGACGCCGGUACCAAACUGCUCAAAGCCGGCUUUGCUGUUCCGGACCAGCCUCCUUCUAUGGUGAUCCCUACGCAAAUGAAACAAGUACCUGAAGAUGAAUCCUCGACUGAUGCUUCAUUGCUUGAGAAUGUGAUUGUUGAUCCAGUUGUUCGAGGCUUUAUCCGAGACUGGGAUGCCAUGGAAGACCUAUUAAGCCACGUAUUAUAUACUGGUCUGGGUUGGGAGAUUGGCAAUGAAGGACAGAUUUUAUUUACAGAUCCACUGGCAACUCCGAAGGCAGUUAGAGAGCAAUUGGUACAAAUGAUGUUUGAAAAAUUCAACAUCUCAGGCUUCUUUGCAUCUGAGCAAGCGGUACUAUCACUUUAUGCAGUAGGGCGCAUCUCAGGAUGCACUGUUGAUAUUGGCCAUGGCAAGAUGGAUAUUGCAUCUGUAAUUGAAGGUGCUGUUCAGCAUAUAUCUUCAAGAAGAUUUGAAAUAGGAGGCCUGGAUUUGACAAAUUUAUUUGCUCAAGAGCUCCGCAAAUCCAACCCCCUUGUGAACUUUAGCAUCUCUGAUGUUGAGAAAUUGAAGGAGCGAUAUGCUUCCUGUGCCGAGGAUGAUGCUGCUUAUCAAAAAAUCCAGCAGGCAUGCCCUGAGGAGCAACAUACUCUUCCUGAUGGACAGGUGAUAAAAAUUGGAAGAGAAAGGUAUACUGUUGGUGAGGCCUUGUUUCAACCAUCUAUUUUAGGUCUGGAGUUGCAUGGAAUUGUUGAGCAGCUUGUUCGUUGUAUUUCAACUGUCUCGUCUGAGAAUCACCGCCAACUAUUAGAAAAUACUGUGCUUUGUGGUGGAAGUGCUUCUAUGACUGGUUUUGAAGACAGGUUCCAGAAAGAAGCUAGCCUUUCCUCCUCAGCCAUUCGGCCUUGUCUGGUGAAGCCUCCAGAAUAUAUGCCGGACAACUUGUCAAAGUACUCAGCAUGGGUGGGAGGUGCGAUACUGGCCAAGGUGGUGUUUCCUCAAAAUCAACAUGUAACGAAAGCCGAUUAUGAUGAAACUGGACCUUCUAUUGUUCAUCGCAAAUGCUUUUGAGGACCAUCAAACCCUUGUUAAGCUCUAGGCCCAUAAAUGUUGAGUAUGUACAAUAUAGAGCAGCAACAUAUUAAACAAAUAGGAUGAGACUGGUCUGAUUUAAUCCUAGCUGUCAAAUGGUAGUAUUUAACUUGUUUUACAGACGUGUCAAAAAGCUGAAUCUAAGGCUUGGCUUGUUCAAAUAGUCAUGUUAUUUUAGACAUCCCUCUGCUAUACAUUUAUUGCUCGA